GUGUGUGAAGGGGUGGGGGUUUGGAAGAUUUAUAAAGCCUCACAAGCUUCUCACAGAGUGCAAAAGAAAGAAGAAGAGAUACUGUAAAGGCACACAGAUUUUCUUUCCAGCAUCACACAGAGGUGACAACCAUGAAAUCAGUUCUUAGGUGCGUGACUUUGUGUGUCAUCCUGGCCAUCACAGUGUGCUUUGAGUCUGAUGAGAGUAAUGAGUCUCUUGAAGACCUGAUCCUGAACCGCUACAGAGCAAACACUUUCAUGAACUCUCCUGGACGCAACAACUAUAACACCUACAGAUGGGGUGUCUUCAAGUCUCCAGCUGAACGUCGUUCUGAGAUCUGCGAGGACAACUUUAACUGUCGACUGAUGGCUCGUCGCUAUGGCCCCCAGUUCGCCUAUCAGAAGUACUUCGGUGGUCAGCGAGUCAACAACAACGGCCUCCGUUACUGAGCAGGCAUGCACACUGUGUGUGUACUGAACCACACACUGAAUUUCAACAUUAUAUUAGUGUAAUCAAAAUCAACGCUACAUUCAUUUUUACGUUUUUGUGUGUAACUUUUAUUUCUCUUUCUGAUGCCUGACUCGGGUUAAACCGUGAGAUUAUACCAUGAUGAUAUAAGAAGAUUUACUAAUCAUGAUCAGUCAAGUCAAAACAACCCUAAAGGACCCUGUCUAAAAAAAACUUACAUGAUUUUAAUGCAUAUCAGUAGAUGGAGCAACGUUAUCGGAGUACAUUACAUUAUUAUUAUUAUUAUUUUAAAUUGCUAUAUAGAGUUAUUAGAAAUAUUUUAGAAAUAUAUCUAAAUAUGUCAUGGAGUACAUGUUUGUUAGAAAUCUGUCCGUAGCGUUGAUUUAUUCACUCUAGCGAAAUGAGCCGUGACAUCGUGGCCAUGUUUUCUUUAUAUGAGAGCACAAAUAAAACAAAAUGUCACCAAUUUUGCUGAAUAUGAAUACUAUUGUGAACUCACAAUAGCAAAUUUACAGCAUAAAGACAGACGUGUGCAAGCAUGUCAUAGCCUCGAUCUAGAUUCACAAAAUUAGCUGCUUCUGAGCAGGAGCUUAUGGGAGCUUUUGAUCUUAUGGAACUUAUUUGACAACACUACAAUUUUAAUUCAUUGUAUUAAUGAAAUGUGAUUCAACUGAACCGAAUCGAAUUAAACCGAAUUCACUUAUCCAUUAAACUGGUUUAAUUAAGUGAACUGGAUCGGAUUAAACCAAUUUCAUUUAAAGUGAAUUUGUUUCGAAACUAAAUUCAACUAAACCCAAUCAGUUUAAACCAAAUCAGAUCAGAAUAGUUUUUGUGUAAUCACAUAUUUUACUAAUAUAUGUUUUUGACUUAAUUUGCAUUAUAUUUCCAGUCUUACUUACUUACUAACACACACACACACACAAUCAUAAUCCUCACACUCAUUACCUCACACACUUUUUACUUUUGCACAUAAUCACAAAACUGUUGUUAUUUUUUACACCAAAAAAAAAGUAAAACAAUAAAAUAAAAUGUUCAUUACAAAA